AUGGAAGAAAUAAAACUUUGCAUUUCAAGUCCUUAGGGCUUUUAACUUAAUAUAAAUAAAGUGUUAGAUAAAUUGAAAAAAGAGAAGUAUAGUAUUGUUGAAAUAAAAAAAGUGAUUUUGCUCCAAAUUUCCUUUAAUUUGCAAAUGAAAUAUUUUAAAGUGAUGAAAUUUUACUAAAGAAAUAUCUGAUUUUAAUGGUAUAGUUAAUUGAAUAUGUUUCUUUUAGAUAAUAAGAGAAUCAGUUUAUACAAAUUAAAUUGGAUCUGUAACAAAUAAAUUGGCUAGCAAUAGCUCAAUUUUAAAUUACUUCUAAGAAAUUGUAAUGUUUCAACCAGGUUCUGAUGAUGAAUAUAAAGGGAUUUAUAGAUUUGAAAAUGAUAGUAAUAAUAAUAAUUAUUAUUAGCUCCACAGAUAGCUAUAAAAUACUUUAAUUUGAUAUUGGAACUAAUCAAAUUUUUGGCUGAAAAAUAUCCUGAAACUUAAACUAAAAAAUCUACAAAAUUUAAAUUACUAUAUGACAGAUUGAUUCAAUAAGGAAUAAUCUUUCCAACAGAAAAUAUAGAAUUAAUAGCUAAAAUUAAUGAUAUAGAAGAGGCUGUUUAAGAAAAUUAACCAAUUAAAAAGCCUUAAGUAUAAUAAAUAGAAUCAAAUAGAGAAACUGGAAUACAUUAAUUAGAAGAAUUACAAAUAGAAAUGAAUGAGUAGAUUGAUACAAUAUGGGAUAUGCUUAAUGAUUAAAAUUGUGAUCCAGAUGGGGCAAAAGAUAGUAUCUAAAAAUUAUGAUUUUAGUGUUAAAGAUUUAUUGGGAUACUUUUAAAGAGAGUGAUGCUAAAUUAAAAUAAUUAGAAUACGAAUUAACUGAAAUAUUAAGUUAAUAAUAAAAAGAUUAGAUUGAAUUACUAUGUAAUUUCAUUAAGACUUUCAAUUUGAAGUUUAAUCAUUUUGAGAGAAAUAAAACAAAAAAUGGAUUCUUAGAAUUUCAACAUUCAGUAUUAACUGAGGCUAGUAAAAUUACUAAAAAAACUUACACUCCAUCUGAUGCUUAUUAAAAAUCUAAAAUUUAACCUCUUUCUCCAGCAAGAUAAAAUGGACAUGAUGAUACUCAAGAUAUUUCAAGAUAAAAUGAUAUAACAAGUACUUAAAUUGAGAAAAAAGAAAAAGUUGUUUCUUAAGUUAAUUAUUAAAAAGAAUUAGAAUAAUAAAAAUAAUUUGAUUAAUCAAAAUUUUAAGAUAGAUCUAAAUAUGUUGAAAAAUAGAAAGUAGCUAAAUAAUAAUACAAUUAAUAUGAUGAGUAUGAUACUUUAAAUGAACAAAAUUAAUUUUAAUAAUAUUAAAAUGACUAAUAAUUAUUAUAAAAUCAAUUUCAAGAAUAAUAGCAUUAUCAUAAUUAAUAAGAUUAGAAUUAGACAAAAUAUAUAAAACCACCUAAUCAAAGUAAUACUCUUUUACUUGAAACUGAAUUGUCUUAAUUUGAAUAAAAUAUACCACAAUAACAUAAAAAUCAUUUUGCUUAAGAUUAUUAUUAAUAAUAGGUUAAAUAAGAAGAUAAUCAAAAUUCUUUAGAAUAAUAUUAAGAUUAGUAUACUUAGAAACCUUAAGGAAUGAAGUUAACUUUUGGGAAUAGUAUUGAAUAAGGAUAAGAUUAAAGGAAUAAAAUAUAAAGUUAAGUAUAAUACAAAGAACUGAAGGAUUUAUAAAAGUAUCCUUAGUAACCAGAAUAUGGUGUUUCAUAUUCAGGAUCUAAAUAAAAUAGUCAAAUAAUGGAUAUGUAACAAAAAUUAAGUCGAUCUGGAUAUACAUAAAAGAUGAUCGAUAUUUGGAAGAAAACAUGUUUAUUAGGAAAAGGAAAUUUAUUUGAGAAUGAACUAAUUAGAGUUUAUUGUACAUUUGGAUUAUAAUAUCAAGUAUUAAAUAAUAAAAACUAUUUAAAAAUAUCUAUGUAUAUUUUGAAUAAGAUUGAUUAAAAUUUGUCAAUAAAUAUAAAAUUUUAAGGAGAUAAAUGUAAUUAUAAAUUUAUAACAAUCAGCAACUAAAUUUUGGAUAAAAUAAGAUAAUAAAAAGAUUUUGGAGAGAGAAUCAUAAUCUGUAAUAAUAGUUGAUGAAUGCAAAGAACUUAUUAAUUGUAAGAUUUAGAUUGAUAAUUAAUUCUUUAAUGUUUUUUUGCCAACAAGCCAAUAUAAUUUUAUAGAUUUUGUAGAUUUAAGACCAGAGAUUUAUUAAAUAAAAGUAAAGGAUGUGCAGUUUUAUUAAAGUCAACCUUUUAGAUUGUAAGUAGGUUGGGAAACCUUUAAGAAAAUACGAUUUACUGAAGUAAACAAUUACUAUGGUAAUGAAUUAAAAAAUAUUGUAAUUAGGAGCAGCUUAUGGAAAUAAUAACUACAUUAGGGUUGUAAUGGUAGAGAAGAAUAAUUGGAUUAUAGAGGCAACUGAUUAAAAUCUUAUUCCAUAAUUAUUGUUUUUGUUUUCUUGA